UCAUUUCGACUCAACCGCUGCAGGAAUGAUGACGCGUACCACUUUAAACCUGGCAUGACAGCUCGUAGAGGUCAAAGUGGCCGCUGUGUGUGACUUUGUGCGUCGCAUUCUCGUACCCCGCUGUCGACCUUUGGAUCUCGGAUCUCGGGGCGGGUAGGCAGCUCCACUCGACCACGGUGCCAAUUGGCUGCGCUCUUCUCCGCUUCCUAUUGCACACUGUGGCCCAAACACAGCAGACAGCGCACACACCUCGUGUUUUUACACGCAGACACGCACGUUAUGUGGCGCGAGUGUGCACGAUGCUGCAGGAGCCCAAAGUCCCCAGUGGUCUGUGGCGCUGUGUUCGUAAUGUUUGAAGAGUAACGAGGUUACCCGCGUCCAGUAGACCACUCGCUGCGGACCGUUGAGCCCGGCGAAAGCGAAGCCGAGCGAGCGGAACGACAGCGCGUCUCAGGCGGACUGGGGAGGAAGGUAGUCGCCGCUGGAGCAGCGUCGGACCACGGCCGGAGCGCGCAGCCAUGACCGAGAAACGGAUGUCGCGGUGGUAUUUCGGUGGGCUGGCGUCGUGCGGAGCUGCCUGCUGCACGCAUCCUCUGGACCUGCUGAAGGUACAUCUGCAGACACAGCAGGAAGUGAAGAAGAGGAUGAUGGGGAUGGCCAUUCAGGUGGUGAAGAGUGAUGGCGUGCUGGCUCUUUACAGUGGCCUCUCUGCCUCCCUGUGUAGACAGAUGUCCUAUUCCCUCACCAGAUUUGCAAUCUAUGAGACCGUGAGAGACAUGAUGGGCAGCACAAGCCAGGGCCCAAUGCCCUUUUACCAGAAGGUCUUGCUGGGAGCCUUCGGAGGUUUCACUGGUGGGUUUGUUGGCUCGCCAGCAGACAUGGUGAAUGUCAGGAUGCAGAAUGACAUGAAACUACCACCAGAACUGAGGAGAAACUACAAACAUGCCAUCGAUGGCCUCUUCAGAGUCUUCAGAGAAGAGGGUCUGAGGAGAAUGUUCUCAGGAGCCACCAUGGCCUCCAGCAGAGGAGCGAUGGUCACUGUGGGACAGUUGGCGUGUUAUGACCAGGCCAAGCAGCUGGUAAUGGGAACGGGCAUGAUGGGAGAUAACAUACUCACGCACUUUAUUUCCAGCUCCAUUGCUGGAGGCUGUGCUACAUUCUUGUGUCAACCUCUGGAUGUCCUGAAGACGAGGCUGAUGAGCUCAAAGGGAGAGUACACGGGCGUGGCGCACUGCUUAAGAGAAACUGCCAAGCUUGGUCCUCUGGCAUUUUACAAGGGCCUCGUCCCCGCAGGGAUCCGCUUGAUUCCUCACACAGUGCUGACCUUCAUCUUCCUCGAGCAGCUCAAGAAAUACUUUGGCAUUCGCAUCGUCUCCUGAGUUCCCCCCCCCCCCCCCCCUCCCCCCCCAACAGCCCGUCAUCGCUCUACUCUUGGCUUUAACAAGAAAAGAAGGGAAGAAAUGUGCAGUUUUUCAGACAUGUUCAUGUUUUUCAUCUCCUUUUUGCUCUACCUCUAUCUCACGCACCAUCUUCUAGAAAGAACCAACACUAGAACUAACGAUUUCCUCUCUCAGCUUAGAUUAUCAAUAUGAUAAGAAAGAACGUGCUGAAUAUGAAGGUGCUUCAAAUGGAGUUAUUAGAGUGACCUGCCGGAUUUAGAGUGAAGGUAAAAAUGAGCUCUGGCGGAUGUUCAAUGUAGUUGUCCAGUGUAAUUUCAGGUGGGGUUAGUUUGAUGUAUUGAGAAAGUGUUGAUUUUGAACUAAUUCCAAAUCAGAUUCAGUGAUUUAAUGUUUCAUUUAACGAUACUUAAGCCCAAUUCACCAGUCGUGUGAACGAUCAUGAAUGUGUUUCUUAUUAGUCCUCUGCAACACCUCAUUGGUGUCAAAUAAGGCCAGGACAGAGUUUGAGAUAUAGCAGAAGUGCAAACAAACACAGUGUAGCCUUGUCAUCAGUGCCAUCUUUUACAAUCUAUACUAUUUCCCAAAAAGCCAUUAAUAAAGCACGACUGAAGAAACUUACGUAGUUACAAGGUGAUCAUUCCCAACAGUGGUGAACCUAUGAGAUGCACCCUGAAUUAAACGGCUCAUAUUUUAGCUUUUUCUUCACUAAAUUAAUGUUUUAUGACUGGAAAUCAUCUACGAACGGGUUAAAAUGUGGUUACCUUUGACCCGAUACUUCAUUCCGAAUUCCUCUUUAAUCGUUUCUGCUUUUAAAUCUUUUGGAGAAGAGGACCAAGUUUAUUUCGUCUUGUGUUUUUAAGUAAGGAGUUUGUGGGGAAACUGUGAAGCAGAAAGAGCAGACUGGUAAAGGUACAUUUGGUAUUAUCUCUUUUAGUUUUCCAGUCCCAGUAAAAUUCUGUAUGACCACUUUAACUUUUAAAAGCUCUUACUGUGUGAAUAGAGAUGCUUGAAGAGGACUGCUGGACUGUAAAUGUAGCAUUUCCAUCCGCAAUGUUACUGUUUCGUGUUGCGCAUGUCAGACUUUAUGACUCAGGAUGCUACUCUGUUUUAUAAGGCACUUUAUUAAUAUCCUUGACUAACCCGCUGCAUACUGUGACACGCUCUGAAAGUAAGAAAUGAUAUCAGAUGUUUUGAGUUCACAAUGUUAAUGGUCCAAGUUGAGGUCAAUGUGUAAUGUGUUUGACAUGUUGCGUGCCUGUUAUUGUCCGGCCUUGGUUCAGUGAUAUGAUGCUUUCUCUGUACUGUGCCUGCUCUCUUGACGGAGACCUCGUCAUGUCAUGUUGCCUUACAGUGCGUGUCCUCCAGGGGGCAGUAUAUGCCAACAAGCUGAACUAUGCUCUCUUAGGCAUUCUUUGAAGCCCUGCACCUUCAUCCAAGGAUGCGUUUAUAAAAAAUAAAGAAAGAGCCACGUGCUCAGAGUGACCUUA